GCUUACUGUCCUCUGUCUCGUGGGUUUCGCCUGCGUCGAGUGCUGUUGGUGGUGCCCGCGGAAACCGGCAGGUGGAGGCUUUCCGUCCGUCCGGGCGUGUUGGAAGCGUGGUGCAUUCGUUUCUCUCUUCACCCGCGUUUCUCGAUGGAGAGAUGAGGCUGUGCACUUCGCUGUCGGUGCGUUUUGGGCAGGCGGUGCCAUCCGGCUGUGGGCCGAAGCUGUCGGUGGUUCCUUCGCGCGCGCCGUUGUUCGGGUAGUGUGGUUAACUUGCGAUCUCUGGGUGUGGUGUGGGCGGGUGCUGUUCGCAGCCAAUCUCUUGGGCGGGUGAGGCGGGCUGUGUUGGAUGGUGUGAUACCUUGCCGUUGGAGAUGGCCUACGGAGGGAAGUUCACCUGCAAUUCAAACAGCCGGACUUCGCGGCGUCUCGGCAGCUGAUUGCACGUUCCACGAUUGUUCGACGUUCUUUUGGUAGGCUGUCCGGCGUGACGUGCGUACGUGCGCCUCGGCCAUCGCUCCUUGCGGCUGCUCAUCACACC